AUGUGUCUUCAACAUCGACAAUAUCAUCGUUCAUCAUGUCCAUCAUCAUCAUCGUUAUUAUUAAAUAAGAAAAUAUUCAUCUAUAAUACUAUUCUGAUACUUAUAAUUUGUACCAAAACGAUUGUCGUUGGUCUACUUUGUCACUGUGAUAUAUGUGAAAAAAAUAACAAUACCUGUGAAACGGAUGGUGUUUGUGCAGCAACACUAUAUAAAGAAUCGGGUAAAAUACGUACAUCAUAUAGAUGUUAUGACAAAAGAGAUCUAUUACCGCCAGAAAAUCCGGUACAUUGUCAAUAUUCAAAACGUUUACAACGUAACGUCGAUAUACAUUGCUGUGUAGAUAGAGAUUUUUGUAAUAAAAAUUUUCAUUUUAAUCCACAAUUAUUUAAUAACAAUGAUGAUACGGAUUCAUUGGAUUCCGUUGCAUCAAAUUAUUUUACCAAAAAUUUACCAAUCAUCAUCAGCAGUAUAGCUAUAUUAUUCUGUUUGAUAUUCAUAUUGAUAGUCAUAAUAAUAUAUCGUCGUAAAACACAAGUGAAAACGAAAAAGAAACAUUUCAUCAAUGAUGUUGAAGGUAGUGUUGCUAGUUGUGAUCCAUUAAUACCAGGACAAUUAUUGAAAGAUCUUCUGGAUCAUACAUCAUCUGGUUCGGGUCUGCCGUUACUUGUACAACGUAGUAUAGCAAGACAGAUACAAUUAUUGGAAAUUAUUGGUAAAGGUCGUUUUGGUGAAGUAUGGCGUGGUAAAUGGCGCGGUGAAUGGGUUGCAGUGAAAAUAUUCUCAUCACGUGAUGAACAAUCAUGGUUUCGUGAAGUGGAAAUAUAUCAAACCGUUAUGCUUCGAAAUGAUAAUAUUCUUGGCUUUAUUGCUGCCGAUAAUAAAGACAAUGGAACAUGGACACAAUUAUGGCUUAUUACUGAUUAUCAUGAACGUGGAUCAUUAUUUGAUUUUUUAAGUAAAAAUACUGUCGAUAUAGCUGGCAUGUUGAAGAUGGCUUCAUCCAUUGCAAAUGGUUUAGCUCAUUUACAUAUGGAAAUCCUUGGUACACAAGGAAAACCGGCCAUUGCACAUAGAGAUUUAAAAUCAAAAAAUAUUCUUGUCAAAAUGAAUGGAACAUGUGCCAUUGCUGAUCUUGGUCUAGCUGUUCGUUAUGAUUCUUCAACAAAUUCAGUGGAUAUACCACCAAAUCCACGUGUAGGAACCAAACGUUAUUUAGCACCCGAAGUACUUGAUGAAUCAAUCAAUAUUAAUCAUUUUGAUUCAUUUAAACGUGCUGAUAUCUAUUCAUUUGGUCUUUGUAUAUGGGAAAUUGCACGUCGUUGUAAUGUUGGUGGAAUACAUGAUGAAUAUCAAUUACCAUAUUAUGAUGUCGUUCCAUUUGAUCCAACAAUUGAUGAUAUGAAAAAAAUUGUUUGCAUUGAACGACAACGGCCACAAAUACCAAAUCGUUGGCAAUCAUGUGAGGCACUACGAGUAAUGUCAAAAAUAAUGAAAGAAUGUUGGUAUCAUAAUGCUGCUGCACGAUUAACAGCAUUACGAAUAAAGAAAACAAUUGCCAAUCUUGAAGCACAAGAAGAUCUCAAAAUGUGAUGUUGAUUGAUUGAUUUAUU